GAACGGGCAUACUCCUUUUGUGGCACUAUAGAGUACAUGGCUCCAGAAAUUGUUCAGGGUGGAGAUGCAGGACAUGAUAAGGCUGUAGAUUGGUGGAGCCUUGGAGUCCUGAUGUAUGAACUGAAAACUGGAGCAUCUCCUUUUACUGUUGAUGGAGAAAGGAAUUCACAAUCUGAAAUUUCAAAGAGAAUUCUGAAAAGUGAUCCUCCAUAUCCUCCAGAAAUUGGUCCUUUAGCUAAAGAUGUAAUGAAGCAGCUCCUGAUUAAAGAUCCUAAGAAACGGUUGGGCUCUGGUCCAGGAGGUGCUGAUGAAAUUAAGUCUCAUCCCUUCUUCCAGAAGAUAAACUGGGAUGAGUUAUCUGCCAAAAACAUUGAAGCUCCAUUUAAACCUGUCAUCAGGGAUGAGUUGGAUGUUAGCAAUUUUGCUGAAGAAUUCACGGAAAUGGAUCCUACAUAUUCGCCUGCAGCAUUGCCUCAGAACUCCGAUAGGAUAUUUCAGGGCUACUCUUUCAUUGCUCCCUCCAUUCUCUUCAAACGUAAUGCUGUUAUGACUGAUCCCAUUCAGCUUCAUCUGGGAGUGGAUCGCCCUGGUAGUACUGCCAUUGCACGCAGUGCUAUGAUGAAGGAUUCCCCAUUUUAUCAACAUUAUGAUCUGGAUCUAAAAGACAGUCCACUUGGAGAAGGAAGCUUCUCUAUCUGUAGGAGGUGUCGUAAUAAGAAAACUGGGCAGGAAUUUGCUGUCAAAAUUGUCAGCAAAAGAAUGGAAGCAAACACUCAAAGAGAGAUUGCAGCUCUCAAGCUGUGUGAAGGACACCCUAACAUUGUAAAACUACAUGAUGUUCACCACGACCAGUUGCACACAUUCUUAGUGAUGGAACUGCUGAAAGGCGGGGAGCUGCUGGAGCGGAUCCGAAAGAAGAAACACUUCAGUGAAACAGAAGCUAGUCACAUAAUGCGCAAACUGGUCUCUGCUGUCAGCCAUAUGCAUGAUGUGGGAGUUGUCCACAGGGACUUGAAGCCUGAGAACUUAUUAUACGCUGAUGAUAGUGACAGCACAGAAAUUAAAAUCAUUGAUUUUGGGUUUGCACGAUUGAAACCUCCUGAUAAUCAGCCUUUGAAGACCCCAUGCUUUACGUUGCAUUACGCAGCUCCUGAAUUACUGAAAGAUGAUGGUUACGACGAAUCCUGUGAUCUAUGGAGCUUGGGUGUCAUCCUGUAUACCAUGUUAUCAGGGAAAGUACCAUUCCAGUGUGAGGAAAAGACAUUAACAUCCACCAGUGCUGAAGAAAUCAUGAGGAAAAUAAAACAAGGGGACUUUUCUUUUGAAGGUGAAGCUUGGAGAAACGUCUCAGAAGAGGCCAAGGAAUUGAUUCAAGGACUGCUAACUGUUGAUCCAAACAAACGGAUUAAAAUGUCGAGCCUCCGUUUCAAUGAAUGGCUUCAGGACAGCAGCCAGUUAUCAUCCAACCCACUAAUGACCCCAGACGUUCUUGGUUCUUCAGGUGUUUCUGUCCACACGUAUGUCAAAGCAACAUUUCAUGCCUUCAACAAAUGCAAGAGGGAAGGCUUUUGCCUUCAGAAUGUGGACAAGGCACCUCUGGCGAAAAGACGCAAGAUGAAGAAAACCAGCACUAGUACUGAAACGCGGAGCAGCUCUAGUGAAAGUUCCCACUCUUCCUCCUCUCAAUCCCAUGGAAAAACUACACCAACCACGAAACUACAGCCCAACAAUCCAGCAGACAGCAAUAACCCAGACAGUAUCUUUCAGUUCUCCGAUUAAGCUGCUACAGUCACCCUUUCACAAUUUAAAAAAAAAUGCUCAUGCUUUUAAUCAUACUUGAUUGUCUGAGGGGCACAGGUUUUUUUUUAAUGUGUGCCCCUCCAAAAUGCCUGAAAUGUUUGGUGCUUUUAACGUAUUCCAAAGCACACAUAUAUAUGAAGAAAUUAGAUGUCGUUCCAUACUUCCUCUGGCAUCAAUUGAUAGCUUUUCGCUGAGAAAUCCAAACUUACUUUCAUAAACAUGACAAUAACUAAAAAUCCAAUCAGGAAUUCAUGGAGGAAGCUAACUACCACAUUGAACAAUUGAGUUGAAUAGGAACUAUGACUUUAAGGGGAGGUUAGGUAAGUUCAGGAGUGAGGGAGGGGUAGAAUG